GUUGAUACAACAACACAGGUAAUAAAGAACACAGUAAGAGCACCAUAAAGCCUCCUUCCUCCUUCUAGUUCUCCCCAAGGACUUCCUGCUAUCAAGGAGACAAAAUGACCAGCCAAUCUCAGGGAAUCCAGCAACUCCUGCAAGCAGAAAAACGUGCCAAGGACAAGCUUGAAGAAGCCAAAAAAAGAAAGGGGAAGAGACUGAAGCAAGCCAAGGAAGAAGCCACUGCUGAGAUAGACCACUACAGGCUCCAGAGGGAAAAGGAUUUCAGACACAAGCAAAACAAUAUAAUGGGAUCACAAGGUAACCUAUCAACAAAAGUAGAUGGAGAAACCACAGACAAGAUCCGGGACCUCACAAGUGACUACCAUAGGAACCUGGAGACUGUGUUGGGACAUCUCUUGGGCAAAGUGUAUGAAUUCAAUCCUGAACUCCACCCAAAUUAUGCAUACACAAUUUAAAUGUUUUUUUAUUACUUUAAAGAAAAUAAUAAAGAAAAUAAUGUCAUCUCUAUAGUUAGGCUUAGUGAAAGAGCUUGAUUCAAUUGCAGUUUGGAGAUACUAUUAUCUUGGGGUACCAUUGUAGGGUAGCACAUUGUCAAUUAUUAUAUAUUUAAUACCAGCAAGGAUUGGGCUGGAGCCAUUUGGAUUUUCUUCUUCUGACACCAUCACCCUCACGAGCUGUUUCUGAGCAGAAGGCAUUUUCUCCCUGAAUUUGUUGUUUUCUGAAUUCCAUUGCGACGUAUAUAUAAUUAUAAUCACUCAGCCCAAAAUAUGGUGGUAUGCAUAAAAUAUACGAUGUGACCAAUUCCUCUAAGGUUUCACACAACUAUUUGUCAACAUGGGCUUCCACCAUCACAAUUUUUUUUUAAAAUGUAGAAAAUAAUUUGUCACUUAAAUAUGGAAAACAGAAGAAGUAAUUGUUUGACACCAGCAGCUUUUAAGUGGGUGUAGUUGUGUUUUUUUUAAUUUUUUUGCUUAUGUUCACUACUUCUUAAAAAGUAUUCUGUUCAUGUAACUUGGCCUAUUGUAGGAAAUCUGCUUGUCACAAUAUGUAGAGGGUUUAAGAUAACAAAUAUGUAAUAAAAUAUUAUAGGCAUAUUAUUAGGCUUCGAAUUAAAA